AUGAGUCAAAAAGAACUGAUACCAGAACUUAUAUCAGAUGAAGACGAAGAAAUCAGAUACGUUGAGGAAGUGCCCAAGAUUCAACAGCCUAGUAAGCGGAGAGGAUUGAGGGAAGAGAAGGUAGACAAGAAGGUUCCCGUUACUAUACUAACGGGAUAUCUUGGAUCUGGAAAAUCCACAUUACUAGAGAAGAUAGCUGCUCGGGGAGAUAAGAAGCUAGCCGUUAUUUUGAAUGAAUUCGGUGAUUCUGUGGAAAUAGAGAAGUCACUCACUAUAAGGGACAAGGACAACGAUAAAGUAGAGGAAUGGCUUGACCUCGGAAAUGGAUGUCUAUGUUGCUCUGUUAAGAACAACGGAGUAGCUGCUAUUGAAAGAUUAGUAGCCAAUAGGACUGGGUUUGACCAUAUCUUGCUAGAGACUACUGGGCUUGCUGAUCCGGCACCUAUUGCUACAAUGUUUUGGUUAGACGAUGCACUAUCAUCCAACGUUUACAUUGAUGGAGUUGUGACCGUUCUUGAUUCUGACGGUAUUGAAAAAUGGCUUGAUGAUGCCCAUAAUGACCAUCAUAUGGAAGAACAGAUCCAGCAGCAUCAUGCAAAGCUAGGUAAAGGACUUACUAUUGCACAUUUGCAGAUAGCUCUGGCAGAUGCCAUUUUACUUAAUAAGUUUGAUAAGGUGGAGAAUGAUCCAAAACGAGUCGGGCGCAUCAAGAAACGGGUUCAAGGAAUCAACUCCGUGGCACCUAUCUACGAUACCAAAUACGGGGAUAUAGAUUUAGACAAGAUAUUGGGACUACAUGCAUACGAAACCAAAAAUAUAGAGGAAUUGAUCAAGAAUACGACGGAUUACCAUGAUCAUUCUAUGACCAGUAUCACUUUGAACUUUCCUAAGCUGAAAGACCAAGAGGAGUUUGAUAAAUUUGAACAUUAUCUUCAAAAUGUUCUAUGGAAGGAAGAUGGAGGCGAUGCUGCAGACGCUGAUGAUGUAAUGGAAAUUCAUAGAACAAAGGGACUUAUUUUCAUCGGAGAUGACGAUUAUAAAGUGAUUCAAGGAGUCAGAAAGACCUACGAUAUAUUGGAUGGAGUUAAGCCGGUAGCCGAAUUGGGAUUGGAUACCAGCAGACUUGUUUUGAUUGGUAGAAACAUCGAUCUCGCCAAUAUGAAGCAGAACUUCCACGCAAUCACUGGGAUCAUCGCUUACGAUUAA